GCGGACGGGCCCGCGCAGAGCAGGGGGGGUUGCUGCCCUCCCUCGCGGAGGCAGCGAUGGAGGCGGCAGUCUUAAAGCUGCUCCCGCUGGACCCGGGAGAUGAGGGCACGCAGCGGUGCCGCUUGGGACCUGCCGCGCUCUCCGUCCUGGGAGCCAGGAUCGGCGCCCCGCUGAGGAUCUCCUUGCCCGGCGGCUGCUGUGUGUGCACGGCGUGGCCCCGGCACGACCUAGCGGACGGGUACCUGCAGGCCGACCUCAGCUGCAGCACGGCGGGGCUGACGGCGCGGGACCUGCGCGGCCUCUCGCUGAGCGUGGGCCGGCUGCAGCUGCUGCCGUACCGACAGCUGCGAGCAGCGGCUGUGAGAGUGGUCCUCAAGAGCGCCGCGCUGAAAAAGUCGACUCCCAGAGCGGUGUUGCAGGAGACUGUCAGAGAACUGCUAAGAAAUGUGUACGUUUCGCCUCGUUAUGUUGUUACUGUUGCCCCAAGUCCCGAAAACCCCGUGGUGUAUAUUGAAAUUUUGUCUGCAUCUCCUUUGAUGGAGGAGGAGGGAGCUGGAUUGAUAACUCCCCAAACAAGCAUAAAAAUUAAGGAGGUGAUCACUUUAGAAUGGUACAGAAAUCUAUCAGAAGACACUGCAAAAACUCCAGUUGCAGGACUGGAUGAUGUAGGGAAGUCUUUGAAAGAAAUUAUUGAUCUGCCUUUCCGCUUUCCAAAAACUCUCAAGAAGCUGGGUCUUGCCGUCCCUAAUGGAGUGCUGUUAAUUGGGCCCCCAGGUGUAGGGAAAACUCUAAUAGUAAAGGCAGUCGCAAAAGAGCUGGGUGCGUAUCUGUUUGGCAUCAGUGGCCCAGCCCUCCAUGGUUCAAGACCAGGAGAAGGUGAAGAGAAUUUGCGAAGAGUCUUUGAAAAGGGCAGAGAGAUGUCAAACGAGGGCCCAACCAUUCUCUUUUUUGACGAGAUUGAUUCUUUAUGCCCAAAGCGAGGAAGUUCAAACAAUGCUCCUGAAGAUCGUAUCGUUGCUCAGCUGCUGACGCUGCUGGAUGGUGUGGGGAGUGAGGGUAAGAUGGUCAUUGUGGCAGCGACAAACAGGCCUGAUGCCAUAGACCCUGCACUGAGAAGACCUGGCAGAUUUGACAGAGAGGUUAUUAUUGGGACCCCAACAGUUACACAGAGAAGAUCCAUCCUGCAGUUGCUUACAUCUGACAUGCCCAUUUCUGCAGAGGUUGAUUUGGCUAAGCUGGCAGAAAUGACGACUGGGUAUGUUGGAGCUGACCUUACAGCGCUCUGCAGAGAAGCUGCCAUGCAGGCUGUGUCCCACAGCUCUUUGGAUUCAACUGCAACUGAAACCAUGAUUAACAUGGGAGAUUUCCAAGACGCUUUUAAAAAAAUUCAACCAUCCUCUUUUCGAAGUGCAAUUGGACUAACAGAGUGUAAACCUGUAACUUGGGAGCAAAUUGGUGGUCUUGAGGAUGUGAAAUUAAAGUUAAAACAGAGUAUUGAGUGGCCUAUGAAAUUUCCUGAGGCGUUUGCCAGGAUGGGUCUGUCUCAUCCCAAGGGUAUUCUUCUCUAUGGGCCAUCUGGGUGUGCCAAAACCACGCUGGUGAAGGCUGUGGCCACGAGUUGUCACUGUUCCUUUCUCUCUGUAAGUGGUGCUGACCUGUUCUCACCUUACGUUGGAGAUUCAGAGAAGAUUUUGUCUCAGGUUUUUCGCCAAGCAAGAGCAAAUACUCCAGCAAUAAUAUUCCUAGAUGAGAUUGAUUCUAUCUUGGGAUCUCGGGCACUCUGCAGAACUGGCCAUGGUGUCUCAGAGCGGGUUCUUUCUGUUCUUCUCAAUGAAUUGGAUGGAGUUGGGCUGAAAGUUACAGAAAGAAGAGGAGGCAAGCUACAGCUUGAGGCUCAGUGCCAAGAACAAAGUGAUGAGGAAAGAAAGCUAGAGUUUCAGGAAAAUUUGAACAAAGAUUUCAUGGUAGUUGCUGCAACAAAUAGACCAGAUAUGUUGGAUGAUGCCUUACUCCGCCCUGGAAGGCUGGACAAGAUGAUCUAUAUUCCACCACCAGAUCUGAAGGGAAGACUUUCCAUUUUGAAAAUCUGCACCGAAAAAAUGCCAUUAGAUACCAAUGUGUCAUUACAAGAUGUGGCAGUCCUAACAGACCUCUUCUCUGGAGCUGAUAUUGAAAAUCUGUGCAAGGAGGCUGCUUUGUUGGCAUUGCAAGAGAAUGGACUCAAAGCAACUGCUGUAAAACAGGAACAUUUUGUGAAAUCAUUGCAGACUGUAAAGCCAUCUUUAAACAUAAAAGACUUGGAAUUUUAUGAAAAAUUCUCUAAUCAAAAAGUAGCCUCUUGAAUCUGUAAAGGAGUGGCAUAAGUAUUUUUACAUAUAUUACAAAGAUUUUGAAAAGGUUUUUAUCUUUCCUGCUUUUUAAUACUGUACUUACUGUAGUUUUCAGGGAGUGUGAAAUACAGUAAAGUGUCACUUUCAAAAAGUUCUGUAAUUGAAAUAAUAAUAAAUUAAAAUCUUGUUUGCUUUGGGUA